AUGAAAUCAGCUUCAGCUGCUGUUCUCGUCGCAAUCUCUGUGUGCAAUUGGUUUUGCCACUUGGGAGAAGCUAAACUGCUUGAGCCAAAUUGCGGAAUUCGGGCCAAGUCGUCGCCUUACCGAUCGAGAAUUAUCGGAGGCAGUGAUGUUGAUAUCUCUUCCCAUCCCUGGAUGGCCUAUCUGCUAAAAGAAAUUGGAUAUUUCUGUUCUGGCACACUCAUAACUCAUCAAUUCGUCCUGACGGCCGCGCAUUGCAUUGAAUCCUCUUCAAAUAUAACUGUUCGGUUGGGAGGAAGUGAACUUGCACGCAGUUCGGCAUCAAUGUGCCAAAUCCCAGCUGAGGACUACCCGGUGAGCAUCGCCAUAAAGCAUAAGUUCUACACUCGUUCGAUCCUGCUGAACGACAUCGGCCUAAUUAAGCUUGGGAGAUCUGUAAAAUUUGAAGACCACAUCAGGCCGAUCUGCAUUAUCCUCGACCCGGAUACGAGACUCCUGCUGGAGGACGGAAUGUCGCUCACGGCCACCGGUUGGGGAUUUAUGGACAACGGUCUGCCGGCAACCGUUCUCCAGGAAGCCUCCGUCACAGUGAUGAAUAGGAGCGUAUGUAGGGACCAGUAUAAUAUUUCGUUAGCACAGAGCAACCUCUGUGCCGGGAACAGCGAGACCAACACUUGCAACGGCGACUCGGGCGGACCACUUGGAGGUGUGGUGAACUACUACGGGGAUCUGCGGUUCGUCCAGUACGGGUUAACAAGCUUUGGAGAUCGCAAUUGCCGUGCUCCGAGUGUCUAUACGGAUCUGAGCACCUACUCCGGAUGGAUAAGCAUGGCUGUGAAUAUAUAUGGGACAUAA